CGCUCCGCCCCGCUCCGCCCUCGGGCCCGCCCGUCCCGCCAUGGCGGCGGCCUUCACCGCCCUCCGGGUCCUGCUCGGGCUCUUCUUCUUCCUCACGGGCGCCCUGAAGCUGUCGGACUGGCUCUCUGCCGACCUGCACCGGCACAUGGCAUCGGAGUUCGUGCGCUUUGCCAAGGUGUUUCCCCUGAAGGAGUUGGGGUUUGUGCCGGAGCCGGGCAGGUACCUGGUGGCCGUGGGCUGGCUGGAGGUGACGGCCGGGCUGUUGCUGGCGUUCGGGCCCCAGCUGCUGCAGGAGAUCAGCAACUUCAUCCUCAGUGUCAUCAUGAUCGGUGCUAUCUACACGCUGCUGGCACUGCAGGAGCCGCUGGCCAUGUGUGCCCCAGCCACGCUCUCCCUCGGCCUCCUCCUGCUGCUCAACAUCCGCGGGUACCCAGCUGCCCCCCGGCCCAAGUUCGAGUGACGGGGGGCAGGAAGGACGGAGAGCUCGGCCGGUGGGAAGCAAAGCCUCUGUGGUAUUUUCAGGGAAGGCAUCACAUCCUGCAGGGUAACUUGCUGAUGAGACACAGUGUGUCCUGUCCUACCUGUGCCAGCGACUCUGGUGCUGGUUGUCCCCACACUGUGGGACCUGAGCUGGUGGCUGUGACACCACUGUGACACUGCCGUGGCAUUGCUCUGGCAGCUCCUGCCAAACUCACACAAGGUGUCCAACUCUUUCCAGCAUUUGGCCACACUGAGCAGGGGCUGGCUCUGCUCUCUUGGGGGGCUUUCAAAUUUUGGAAUAAAACCUCUUGUUUUUCA